AUGAUAGCUGAUAUACCAUGGGUGGCCACUAUGGCGUUGAUUACACUUUGGACAUAUGAUUAUAUUUGUUCACUUCACGAUGAGUGGACAUUCCUCCUUCGGUCACGCUGGACCAAGACAUAUGUCGUGCUGACCUUCUUCCCGAAUGAGACCCCCAAGGAAUGCAAGAUUAUCAUCAAUAUUUACUCAUGUUUUGCAGUGAUAUCACUCACUUGCUCUGAAUGUAUUGUUCCUUCCUCGCGACACAAGCGUGCUCCUGAUCCAAUUCAUCCAGGCUUUUUUGUACUCAGAACAUAUGCGCUCUGGGGUAACAAUAGAACUGUGCUCGUAGCCAUGUUGUCGACCCUUUUUGUUACCAUCGCAUCAUUUAUUGGCAUUUGGUUUACCACUAUCCCCACUUCUCAAUAUUUUACGAGUAGCAAUAUUUCAGGUAUCCCAGGCAUCGUAGGCGGCUACCGGACCUCCAGCAGUGCCAAACUGUACCUGCCGUUUAUUCUCUUACUUGUAUUUCAACUAGCACUAGUCUCCCUCACACUCAUACGUGCCAUACAGGACUGGCGUUCGACCAGAUACCCUCUCCACGCUGCCCUGGUGAAGCAUAAUAUAUCCUACUAUGCAUGUGGUCUCUUUUUCUCGACUUUAAAUGUUUUUGUGCCAUUGGCAUUUCCCGAUUCCUCAUACCAUUCCUUCCUUGAAGAUUUGGAGGUCUUUAUCCUUGCGAUCCUCGCCACACGAAUGCAUCUCUAUCUCUGGCAGGUUAACAACACCGUGCACAGUUUUGGUGCCCUCGUGUCCAUUCCCAUGUCGGACGUGUCAGCCUGAGACCGUACGCUGUGACGUCUUAUUGCGUACGCUUAUUUGGUGUUGUUCGUAGGAAUACGAUGAUCUGGGUGGCUUGGCGUGAUGAUCCAACUUCGACUGUUGUACUGACGAAAACGAUCUGACGCGAAGGCUCCUGUGAGGUUGGGCUGAGUCCGAGUGUUAGCUCGGGCUGGACGCUGAAGGAUUGAGCCGCUGGGUGGGCGGGCAAACGAACAGCGAUUUGUGUGGAGCCUUGCGGAAGAACGAUGGA